AUGGCUACGGACAAUACACAAGGUGAGAAUUUACAUGUCAGCCACGACACCGAACAGCAGGUGACUCCACACCAUGAAGAGCGUCCAGGCUGCAGCACAGGUACGAAUACCAUACAGGAACCGGUGACUGAACAAGAUGACUUUCAGCAUGGCACUGAUGGAGCGGGAGUUGUGAAGACAGAGUAUGUUGACGUCACUGAAGAAUCGGAAGCUAAUCAAAUAAUAUGCUGUGAUGAAGGAAAUAAUCUCUUGAAGUCAUAUGAGGAUAAUGAAAUAAAGAGUGAGUCUGUUAUAGGACCCACAGUUGCACAAGGAGUGACCAUCUUCGGAACUACUGAACAUUCAAAACCUGGUUCUGAACGAGUUCUUAAUAAUGAGGAUAAAGAGCAUAACGUCUUAAAACCUGAGCACCAGAAAAGAAGAAUAUCAUGUGAUAAAGUUCAUUCAUGUGAGGUAUGCAGUAAGACAUUCGAGACCUACAAUACACUGAAAUACCAUAUGACAGUCCAUACUGAACAGGAAAUAUUUUUGUCUAAUAAAAAGCGAUACACUUGUGAUGUAUGUAGUAAAUGUUUUAAACAAAAAUCAAAAUUGCAAAGGCAUUUGUUGAUACAUACUAGUGAUAAGCCACAUAGUUGUGAUAUAUGUAGUAAAUGUUUUAAGGAAAAAUCAAAAUUGAAAAGGCAUUUGUCGAUACAUACUGGUGAGAAACCAUAUAGUUGUGAUGUAUGUAGUAAAUGUUUUAACCAAAACUCAAUAUUGCAACGGCAUUUGAUGAUACACACUGGUGAGAAGCCAUAUAGUUGUGAUGUAUGUAGUAAAUGUUUUAAGGAAAAAUCAAAAUUGAAAAGGCAUUUGUCGAUACAUACUGGUGAGAAACCAUAUAGUUGUAAUGAAUGUAGUCAAUGUUUUAACCAAAACUCAACAUUGCAACGGCAUUUGAUGAUACACAUUGGUGAUAAGCCACACAAUUGUAAUAUUUGUAAUAAAUGUUUUAACCGAAAAUCAUCAUUGCAACGGCAUCUGUCAAUACAUACAAGUGAGAAGUAUACAUAUAGUUGUAAGUAGUAUACGUGUUACCAGAAAAUCAACAUUGAAACAGCAUUUGCUGAUACAUAAUGGUGAGAAGCCACACAGUUGUGAUGUAUGUAAUAAAUGUUUUUCAAAUAAAGGAAGCUUAAACCGCCAUUAUUUGAUAC